AUGCCAAACCAGAUUCGCGACAUUGCCUCUAUCGAUAAGGAGACCUAUCCUUACAUCUUCGAGCAGAAUGUCACCGUCAAGCUGCGCAGUAACACCGGACUUGUGCGUUUGAAUGUUUAUCGUCCCAAAGGUGCUGAGAAGGUUCCCGUCAUCAUAACAUACGGGCCAUACGGAAAAGACACACCCUACGAAGAAUUCCUCGCGCAUUCGUUCCACGACGUCAACCCGAAGCACAAGACCAUUCCAGAGCAUUCGGCAUUCGAGACACCAGACCCGAAAUUUUGGACCGACGAAGGCUAUGCGGUCGUUCGCGCAGAUGAAGUCGGUAUUGGUCAAUCACCAGGUGUGGCCGACACUAUGUCAAAGUCCACUACCGAUGCUUUCUUCGAAGUGAUCGAGUGGGCCGCAGAUCAGCCAUGGUCCAACGGCAAGGUUGGUCUUCUGGGUAUCAGUUACUUCGCUGGCAGCCAGUGGCGUGUUGCAGCCCGACGCCCUCGCGGUCUUGCUUGUAUCAUCCCCUAUGAAGGCAUGGCAGAUUAUUAUCGCGAUCGUUGCCGUCAUGGUGGCAUCUUGACUGCACCUUUCCUCGGGUUCUGGUUCAACAGACAAGUAAAGUCGAACCAGUACGGACUUCCCAACCGGUCCAAGAACCAACGUGGCCCAGACACCAUCGAAGGUGAUCUGUCUGAAGAAGAGCUCGCGAACAACGUUCGUGAUCAGUUGCUCGACAACUCGAAGAGUUUCUUCCGCGAUGAGGAAUACUAUGCCUCCCGCGACUACAACCUGGAAGACAUUGAGGUUCCUUUGCUUUCGGUCGGAAAUCUCGGUAACAUUGUCGUUCAUCUUCGCGGAAACAUCGAAGCGUUUGUGCAAGCAGGCUCGCAGUACAAGUUUCUCCGUCUCGGCUCUGGUAGACACGAUCUGCCCUUCUACAACGACGCCGACGUUGAGCUCCAAAAGAGUUUCCUCAGCGCGUUCUGCAAAGACGAUGACUACGCAGGCUGGACCCAAGGUAAGAAGCCGGCGGUUGAGCUUGCCAUACGCAAAACACCUUUCAAGCAUGACACCAUCGAAGCGGCAUCCGGUCGUGCUUUCCAAUUCCGUCAUGAAAACGAAUGGCCUUUGGCGAGGACUGCCUACACCAAAUACUACCUGACACCGGAUCUUGCUUUUACACCAGACCAGCCAAGCUGCUCGUUCCAUAAGCGCCUAUCCUAUCCAGCUCUGACCGUCCCUGAUGACAACUCGUAUGUUCGUUUCAUGACCAACGCUUAUGAGCAAGAUAUCGAAAUCACUGGUCAUAUUGUUGCACACGUCAAUGUGUCUGUAACGCCCGAGCUGACCGGAGGAACGCCUAAGGACAUUGACAUCUUUGUCACCAUCCGCCACUGGGCAGCAGAUGGAUCUGAGGUCUUCUACACAGGCUCGAUCGGCGACCCUGUGCCUGUGAGUAAAGGCUGGCAACGCGUGAGUCUGCGUAAGGUCAACACAGAGCACCCGAACCAUCGAGAGUACAGGCCUUGGCGCGACUACUUCUCCACGGACGUGCAACCUGUGAUUCCAGGCGAGAUUUACGGCCUAGACGUCGAGGUCUGGCCUACCCAAAUCGUCUUACAGAAGGGCGAAAGGCUGUCUUUCGAGAUCAGUGGCGGAGACACGCAGGGCGUUGGAAUCUUCAGCCACGAAUCGUCCGAGAGAUCACCGGAGCGCUUCGGGGGCAUCAACCAUCUUCACUUCGGCCCCAAGUACAGCAACUACGUCGUGCUCCCAAUAAUUCCAGCGUAG